AAAAUGAUGGCAGGACCAAAGGCUAUUAUUCUGCUGGGCCUUGUCGUCUUAUUGAAAGAUUUUGUCCAAACUGCAAUUCCACCGACUUCCCCAGAGGCUGAAAGCGACGCAUUGAUCGACAAGGUUGUAGAAAAAAACCUGUCUGCUUGGGAAAAGGAACGGCCGCUUACCCCAAGAGCCAAGUCCGGAGAUGAAUAUAGACGCGACCUCAGUGACCCGGAAAAAUUGUCGAAGCAAACGUCCCGAAAAUCCCAGAGAAUCAGAAGGAAGGAUCUCUUGGACGUGUCCCAAGGAUUGACGAGUGAUCCGAACAGCAAGGAAGAAACAGAUGACCGAACUCUGACCUGUGAGGACGAGUCACUGCCAGAUUGGAAGACGUCUGCUGGCCAUGACGUGUACAACUGUAGCGCUUCAACGGAUUGUAUCUGCCACCAAGAGGAACAUAAUCAGCGCAUUCAAGCCAACUGUUCUUCCCUUCGUCUGUACCGCAUUCCACAAGACCUUCCCCCAAAAAUUUACAAGUUGACACUUAGUGAAAAUAGGCUACGUUCUUUUAAUCUGUCAAUUUUGCUUGACUACCCUGGGCUUGCCUUUGUCGACGCUCAACAAAAUAAGAUGACCUCACUUGUUCAGUCUACUGCAGUAACUGCCUCUUCCUCUUUGUUGAUUUUGUUAUUGGGCAAGAACAAUUUUACUUCAAUUGGAGAGGAUGCUUUCAAAAUGCUGCCUUCUUUGAGACAAUUAUCCUUGAAUGAUAAUAGGAUUCAGUCUCUUACAAACUUGUCAUUCUCUGGGCUAGACCAGUUGGCAAUAUUAGACUUAUCUUUGAAUGACAUCAAGCAUAUAGAGCAAGGAACAUUUGACAGCUUACCGAAAUUACAUACAUUGCUUCUUAACAACAACCCUCACUUGAGUUAUUACCCUGCACGUAUGGCCCCUCGGCUUUUCAAGAAUUUACGAUCUCUCAUUGUAUUAAACCUAGCCGGUAGCAGUGGUGGAGCUAUUAGGUACCCGGAUGAGGCUCUAGGCUAUUUGACAAAUCUAAGGGAGUUAAAUAUGGACGGUUUGGCCAACGGUGCUGUUUUGGGUCCCCAAGUAAAACAUCUUAAAAAGCUCAAAUCUCUUAAAGUUGGCGUUGGAGAGAAAAACCAUUGUAAUAUUGGGAAUUUGACCUCAUCAUUUUUCAAGAAUACGCCACACUUGACAUCACUAGAGAUACAAUUCUGCUUGAUGGCAUCGAUCAGCAGUGACGCUUUUGUCAACACGACCAAGUUACAACGUUUAAAGAUUUCUUAUUCCAAGGACCUUGGCGUCAGUAAAGCUUUGCGCUCGUUGGCUAGUUUACAAAAUUCUUCAUUGAAAUCUCUAGAACUUGUCCAUCUAGUUCACCACAACGGUCUCCCUUGUAGGUACUUGACUGAGGAGGAUUCGAAAUUCAUCAAAAACACUAUGCUUGAACUGCUGGAUUUGUCGGAUAAUUUACUCGCUAUGGUCGAGAUGAAUUUCUACAAGGCUCUCCCACAAACAUUAAAGACACUAGUACUGAGAAAUAACAGAUUUUCCGUAAAUACUUUUCAACUCUCCUCUUUGGCCAGCAUGAACAAUCUUACGAAAUUAGAUUUAACUUCUCAAGACAUUGGGAAAGUAAAAGCAUUACAACCGAAGCCACAUGAAAACAAAGAUAGCGAGGCAUGCGAGGUUAUGCUUCCAGACAUGAUAGACCCAGAGGCGUAUUCGGGUGGAUUUCUAAGCAAAUAUGAAUUUCCAGCAAUGUCGAAGCCGUUUCUUCAUACAGAACUGCCAAAUUCAGAAGACAGGACUGAUACCGGAGAUAAAACUCGAGAGAAGAUGAAUACAGACGGCUUAACAAUUCUGCCCAUAAAUACAGUUCAGAAGUUUUCGAUGCCUCCAAAUUUGCAAACGCUUUGGGCACCACAGUUUUUACUAUAUGGCGAAUUAGUCUUGUUUCACAGGGAGAAUAAAAAGUUAGAAGAGAUAGAUUUUUCUUUCAGUGUUUUGCCCAGCUGGGGUAACGGCAAGCUGUAUGGGAAUGUAAGAAAUAUUUCUCUAGAGGGGAACUAUUGUCAAUACAUCCGUCCAGGCUUUUUUCCUGGAAACAAUUCCCUUGAACUGCUGAACAUUCGUAACAAUAUACUGGGCCCACAGUUUGCUAACGACGAACAGGGAAUAAUCUUCAAACGACUUGCUCGUUUACUUUGGCUAGAUUUGUCCAUGAAUUUAAUUUAUAAGUUGCCUCCCGACUUUUUCAAGGGUUUAAGUAGACUUCGUGAGUUGAUAUUAUCAGAUAACAAACUUCAGAGUUUGAAUUUUAGCGUAUCCAGUAUGCCACACUUGACAACAAUUGACGCCAGCAAAAACUCUAUCGCGUGGAUUGGUAGAAGAACACGAGAUGGUCUGGACACAUUAGCUCUCCACCAUCCCGUGAGUUUAGAUUUGCGGAAAAACCCACUCCCUUGCACUUGUAAAGGUAUCGAAAUAUUAUCAUGGUUAGCAACGACCAACGUCCAUUUAACGGGUGAAGACUUCCUGGUUUGUCGCUUUGAAAGCAAUGAUUACGACACUAUAGGAAACCUAAGCCAGCGUGUGAUGUCUAUGAAGAGACGCUGCACACCGUGGUUCAAUGUGGUCUUUAUUUCUGUUGCAUGCCCCUCGUUAUUCCUUGUUCUCUCGAGCGUAUUCUUGGUGUAUCGGUACCGCUGGAAGUUACGAUACCUGCACAAAGUGAAGUUUUCCAAGUGGUUUGGGUUUCAUCCAAGUACGCAAACGUCACGCCACAAGUUCGAUGCUUUCGUAAUAUACGCUGAAGAAGAUAGAGAUUUUGUCUUACACACAAUGCUGACAGAGCUGGAGACAAACCGAGGUCACAAACUUUGUGUUGCAGAACGAGACUUCAUGCCAGGCACCUACAUCACCACAAACAUAACGUGUGCUGUGCAAAGUAGCACAUUCACCCUCCCUGUGAUCUCCCCUGACUUCCUCGAUGACGAGUAUUCAGAAUAUGGCGUCCAGAUGGCGCUUUGUGAGAUGGUCUUCGAGAAGCGUCCGGUGCUGCACUUGUUCCUGCGUACGCCCAUGGACUACCGGCUGCUAUUCAGGGACCUCCUGGUGGUGCUGAGGGAUGACAAGUACACAGAGUACCCACCCCAGGCAGAGCUCGAGGACGACAACAUCAACAAGAACUUCUGGGAUGCGCUGUCACAGAUGAUUGGUCACUCAGAUAGCCAGUUGGAGCCCAGGUUAGAUUUAAGUGGAGAAUUAUAACAGCUUUGUUCUUGGCAGGCUCGGACGGGAAGCAAUCAUGGCCCGACUGGAGCCAGUCACAACCCGGGUUUCAACCAAUCACUAGCCUGGACAAGAACCAGUCACAGCCCACUUUGGUUCCAAUGGAAAUAUUUUGGGUAGUGUUUUUCUUCUGGCCCGAACCUUUACAAAUCACACAAGGCUGUUCUGAUGUCGAUACGAAAACGGCUCAAAUUUGUUCUUCGUCACGAAGACACCUUAAUCGGCGAUUUACCUAUCACCCAGAAGAUUAUUAGAGCCAACAUCGGGUUAGACUUUUAGUUUCAGACUUGAUAUAUUUUUCUCUAUACCGAACGCCAGACAGUUGAAAAUUCGCUUCACGAUGUUUCUGACUUGUUCGCAUUGUGGGAUAAACUCUGACCUCCUUCACAAA